UUCAAGCAAGCAAUUAAAAGUAACAGCGCUUCACCGGCUCUUGGCACAUUUCACUUCAGCGUCGUCGUUCUCCAUAGCAUCAACCAAAAUAACAUUAAUUUAUUGAAAUAGACUACACGAAAGUAAGAGAUUCGCAGGAAACUAUCAGCUGACAUGGAGAAGCAUAACAUCAAACUAUGCGUAUUGCUGAACACUUUGGCUGCAUCAUUACAAACUUACCAGCUCCAAGAGGCCACUGUGUCCUGGGAUGCUGCCCAGAAAAGUGUGAUCCUGAAGGAGGGGGUGAUGGAGACAGAAGGGGGGGCCUACGGUUACUUCAACGACACCCUGCUCCUGUCUGGAUGGGGGGUCCUGGAGAUCUGUGCAGGUCAUGGGGGAAUCCCACAGGAAGAUGAGACCACCUUCUUCCUGGCUGGGUACCUGGAAGGUUAUCUCACUGCUGGACAGAUGUUCAGUCAUUACUCCAACAUGUACCCUCAGCUCCUAAAGGAUGAGAAGGUUCUGAAUCCCCUGAAAAGGUUUCUAAGCAAACAGGAGCAGUGGGCCAGAGAGCAGGUGAAGCUCAAGAGACACAGCGACCCCUUGUGGAGGCACCUGGGACUGAUCCUCGCCCAGCUGGACGGGCUCCACGCCGGAGCUGCACGGUGGGCCAAAAGCAAACACAGAGAGCCUCUAUCAGCCUUUGCCCUCCAGUUUCUGAAUGGAGUCGGAGACCUCCUGGACCUGGUCCCAGCUCUGACGCCUCGCUCCAACUCCUCCACGGGGGCCGGGGCCUUCAGGAUGCCAGGAAUGGGCCACUGCACCGCUCUCAUCAAGGUGCUGCCAGGCUUUGAGAACCUGCUGUUUGGCCACUCCAGCUGGUAUACGUAUGCAGCCACCAUGCGGAUCUAUAAACACUGGGACUUCAGGGUGUCUGACACACACACCGCCACGGGAAAGAUGUCGUUCAGCAGCUACCCCGGCUUCCUGAUGUCUCUGGACGACUUCUACCUGCUUGGGAGUGGCCUGCUGAUGACUCAGACCUCCAUCGGCGUCUUCAACGUCUCUCUGUUCUCCCAGCUCAGCCCUCACAGCCUGCUGGCCUGGCAGAGAGUACGUCUGGCCAACAGCCUGGCGGCCAGCGGAGAGGAGUGGGCACACAUCUUCUCCAAAUACAACUCAGGAACAUAUAACAGCCAGUACAUGGUGAUGGACCUGAGCAGGGUUUCUCUGGGUCACAGUAUCAGGGAUGGAGCUCUGACGGUGGUGGAGCAGAUUCCAGGGAAGAUGAUGCACUCAGAUCAGACUCAAGCUUUACGCAGAGGUUAUUGGCCGUCCUACAACAUACCGUUUCAUGUUGAGAUCUACAACCUGAGUGGCUACGGUGUGAUGUGGAAGAGAUACGGCGAAGACUUCUCUUACGACCUCUGUCCCAGAGCCAAGAUCCUCCGCAGGGACCAGGCCAAGGUUUCUGACCUCAGCUCCCUCAAACACAUCAUGAGAUACAACAACUACAAGAGGGACCCCUACUCCAAGGGCCAUCCAUGUAAAACCAUCUGUUGCCGAAAUGACCUCAGACCAAGGAGACCACGUCCAGGAGGUUGCUAUGACACUAAGGUGACGGACUACCAGAUGGCUGUCCAGCUGGUCGCAGAGGCAAUAAAUGGCCCCACAACCCAGGGGGGCCUACGGCCGUUCUCAUGGCAAUAUUUCAACAUCACGACUCAUCAGGGUCUCCCUCACACCUACAACUUUCCUUUUGUCACUAUGAGGCCCUCACUGCGUCUACCCUGAGAGCACAGGGACAAGAUACCAACACAUCCAGGUAGAAAAGGUCAUGCUUUCCUGUUCAAAUCAAGACUGAACAUCCCGGUGCAAUAUAAGAGCUUGGCUAAUUAAGUUAAAAUUUUCCCUUUAACUUGGUGAAAAAUAUCAUUAAAACAUAUGCAUACACUGUAAAAAAAUGUUUGUUGAAAUUACAGUAAAACACUGUCAAAUUGUAUUAGAAAUAGGUCGUAUAAUUAAACAUUGUACAUCACCGUACACUGUAAAAAAAAUCAGUUGCUUUUACAGAAAAAAAAUUGCAGCUGUUGUUACCAGAAUAAUUCUGCAAAAAUUACAGUACAAAUGUAAACAACUUUACAGAACAACUUGUAAAUUUUACGGAUAUUCAGUGUACAAUAAACAAUAACUAAAUGUUAAUUUACUGGUAUUCAAUGCACAAUAAGCAAAGUCGGCAUGUAAAUUUUGCAUAAAUAAUUAAUAUAAAAGCAGCAUCAGACUGUUAAAUUUGCAGUAAAGGACGGUAUAAUCUACAACUUUAAAAUGUAUUUUUUUUAAUUACUACAGUUUUAGGAUGUAAAAUU